AUGAAUCCUCGGUUAGUAUUAGGUAUGAUAGGUUUGACUGCUUAUGCCGGUUUUUUUGAGAUAUGUCCACCUAAGAAAGGAGAAACAGUCUCUGUCUCUGCAGGUUCCGGUGCAGUUGGUCAGCUCGUGGGUCAGUUUGCUAAAUUGAUGGGUUGCUAUGUUGUUGGAAGUGCUGGAAGUAAACGAAAAGGCAUUGACAUAUACUUUGAGAACGUGGGAGGUAAAAUGCUCGAUGCAGUACUACUAAACAUGAAAAUGUAUGGAAGAAUCGCGGUUUGCGGUAUGAUCUCUCAGUACCUUCUUGAAACCAGAGAGAGGUUACAAAAUCUACCUGACAUUGUGUUCAAGAGGAUAAAAAUGCAAAGGUUUGCUUUUUAUGACUUCAUGGAUAGAUUCUCCAAGUUCUUGGAGUUUGUACUUCCGUACAUAGAAGAAGGGAAGCUAAUAUAUGUGGAAGACAUCGUUCAAGGACUCGAGAACGGUCCUGCUGCUCUUGUAGGACUUUUCAAUGGACAAAACAUUGGAAAACAAGUAAUCCAAGUCGCUCGAGAGUAA